AUGACACUAGCCACUCGUUCCUUCUUUGCCAAACUCCUCCAAAACACCCACCAGAAAAACCUCCCAAACGGCAAGUCACUCCACGCUCAAAUCAUCAAGACCGGAUCUUCGUCUUGCAUAUACAUCUUCAAUAGCGUCGUCAACUUCUACGCCAAGUCCCACCACUUAACCGAAGCCCACCUUGUAUUCGAAGAAAUCGAAGUUAAAGACAUAGUCUCAUGGAACGGCCUCAUCAAUGGCUACUCUCAGCUGGGGACUCCCAAAUCUUCAUCCUCAGUCAUGAAACUGUUCAAGCUUAUGAGAAAAGAGAAUACUUUCCCUGAUGCCCACACUUUCGCCGGAUUUUUUUCUGCAGCUUCUUUGUUAAACACGUGUUGCAAAUGUGGCCUUGUUGUUGAUGCGCGGAAAGUGUUUGAUAUAAUGCCCGAGAGAAAUUCGGUUUCUUGGGCUACGAUGAUUUCUGGGUAUGCUAUGCAUCGAUUUGCUGGUUAUACUUUGGAGGUUUUUAGGAUGAUGACGUGGGAGGAAAAGGAAGAUGUGAAUGAGUUUGUGGUAACUAGUGUUCUUAGUGCUUUUACCUUGCCAAAAUUUAUUGAUAUUGGUAAGCAAAUUCAUUGUCUUGCUGUGAAAAAUGGGUUGUUUUCAGUUGUAUCAGUUGGAAAUGUUGUCGUUACCUUGUAUGCAAAGUGUGGAAGCUUAGAUAACGCGUUGCAAAUGUUUGAACUUUCGAGUGAGAAGAACUCUAUUACGUGGUCUGCAAUGAUCAUUGGGUAUACACAAAGUGGCGAUGGUGAGAAGGCAUUGAAAAUGUUCUCGGAUAUGCAUUUUUCUGGGAUGAGGCCUAGUGAAUUCACUCUUGUUGGGGUGCUCAAUGCUCGUAGUGAUGUUGGUGCUACUGUAGAAGGAAAACAGUUGCAUGGCUAUUUGAGGGUAAAUGUCAUAUAA